AUGAAGUUCCUCACAGCCUUAAGCGUCUGCCUCCUCCCCUUCGCAUUCGCAACCCCUAUUUCCCCCAACUCCGACGCCAUCGCCGACCCCAUCCAACAACGCGGCACCCCAACCACCAACCCCUCAACCCUCACCCGCCGCCAACAAGUCACCCUCUGCAGCCAAUACGCCUACCAUGCCGUCAAUGGCUACGAGAUCCUCAACAACCUGUGGGGCAAGGACAGCGCCUCGUCGGGCUCGCAAUGCACCUACUUUGAAGGCACGACCAGCAACGGCGGCAUCCGGUGGAGCUCGACGUGGACCUGGCGCGGCGCCGACAACAACGUCAAGAGCUACGUGUAUUCGGGCCGCCAGCUGCAGAAGGGCAUCACGGUCGAGCGGGUCAAGAGCAUGCAGACGCAGAUGAACUGGAGUUACAAUACGACGAAUGGGGUCCGGGCGAACGUCGCGUAUGACAUCUUCACUGCCCAGGAUCCGAAUCAUGUGAAUAGCAGCGGGGAUUACGAACUCAUGAUCUGGCUCGGCCGCUUGGGCGGCGUAUGGCCCAUCUCGCAGUCCGGCUCCCCCAUCGCCACCGUCACCAUCUCGGGAUACACCUUCGACUUGUACUUUGGCUACAACGGGUCCAUGAAGGUGUACAGCUUCGUGCGCGCCGGCAACAACGACAUCACGAACUUCAACUCGGACGUCAAGCUCUUCUUCAAUUAUCUCGUCAGCAAUCAGGGAUUCCCGGCCAGUACGCAGAACCUUAUCGUGUAUCAAACAGGCACCGAGGCUUUCACGGGCGGCCCAGCCAAGUUUUCCGUCUCGAAUUUCGUGGCGAAUUAUCAGGCUUAG